AUGAUGGGCUUCGACGGCGGCAUUGGCGAUCAGAGUGAGAUGUGGGACUGGCAGAGUCAAGAGUUCGAUUUGCAGAAGGAUCUGUUACCAGUUCCAUCUACCUCCCUGUGGGCUGAAGCAAACCACAGUGAGGUUGAUUCUUGGAGCCUGUUCGAUGAGCAAACCCCAAUUAAAGAAUGUACAGACAUAGAUUUACCCUUCUGUGAUAUAGGAGAUAUUAUUAUCAAGGACUUUGAUGAAGGAAAGGAAACCUUACAAGCUAAACGAAGGCGUAUGCUGCAGUUCUGUCCAGACAAUGCUGAGAUGGAUUGUUGUUCUCUGACGGAUGGGCUCUUGGAAAAUCUGCAAGUGGAUUUGGAUUUCUCUAGUGACGAGCAUUUGUUACAGUGUGAUGGGACAGAGGAAAUACCUGAACAAUGGCUGGUUGAUUGCUCACAAGACAGUGAGAAUCGUUCGCCGCCGGAAGAAGUGAAAAGCCCUAGUGCUGCUGUGGAAGCCAAUAUCUCUGCUCUUCAGAAUUCGUUAAUCGAGCUUGAGGAGCAGCCUAUCACGAAAGUUGAGAAGAAACCUCCGCAAGCUAAACCUACACCUCUGAAAGCUGGAAGAAGCGUCAUCAGAGCAAAGAAGCUGAAAGUGGCAUCGGUGGCCUACCCAUUCGAGCUCAUCAAGCCGUGCGGGUUCCGCGGCGACACCACCCUGAGGGACAUAAACCGGAAGAUCCUCGCUCCUCCCUCGUACAGGAUCAAGCACAAGAUCGACGAGGCGUCCGCCCCGUACCAGGAGGCCUCGGCCAUCUCCGGGAAGCCGGUGGUCCACAAGACAAAGAUCCACACCGAAGGGGGGAAAGGCAGCAUCACCAUCACAAGAACGAGAGGCUGA